ACGCAGCCAGUAUAAAAUGUCCCUUCUUUGAAAAACAAAACCGGAACAAUGUCACACGAAGAAAAAUACAAAAGUAAAGACACCAACAAUGAGACGGUGUGUGAAAUUAAGAAGGAAAAACCGGACCUGGACCCUCCGCCAGAUCGGUUCCACCUAGUUUACAUUUUAUUUUUCUUCCUGGGGCUUGUUCAUUUCCUGCCUUGGAGCUUUUUUACCACAGCGACUGAAUUUUGGAUGUACAAGUUCCGAAACACUUCAAUUAAUGAAACGAAUUCGGAAUUUCGGACGUACCUGCAGGCGGAAUUUAACGCCUCGAUUAACAUAACUUUGGAAAUAACAGAAGUGGCUUUUUUGAUCGUGGGGGUUUUGUUCGGGCACUUGAUCCGAGUCAGAGUGCGGGUGAUUGGAAUUUUUUCAAUAAUAUUCGUGCUUUUCGCGAUUUUGUCCGUUUUUGUGGAAAUUGAUACGGAUUCUUGGCAAGAGGAGUUUUUCGGGCUGGUUAUGGUGAUCACAGCUGGAAUUAACUCACUGAAUGCCGUUUUUACGAUCACUGUGUACACGAUUUUGGCCAACUUCCCCCAAAGUUAUUUGGCCCCGUACUUGACAGGGGGCACUUUAGCGAGAAUAACUACUUCCAGUCUUCAGAUUUUUUCUCUGGCUUCUGGUUUGUCGGUGCAACACAGUGCCUUGCUGUAUUUUUUGCUGGGUGUUGGUGUGGUUGGUCUAACACUAAUUUUUAUCAUUUUCACCGGGAAAAAUAAAUUUUAUUUGCACCACAUGCGAAACUAUGUCGAUGGUUCUAAGGAAAAGCGAGUCUCUUUGAAAGAGGGCUGGCGUUUGUUGAAAAUUAUAUGGUCGCCGAUUAUUGUCAUGGGACUUCUUAUAUUCACAAUUGACGCUUGUCCCAAUGCUUUGGUCGUGUCAGAAGGCGAGGGACAAGGGCCUUGGAACGACGUUUACUUCAUUCCGGUUAUAAGUUACUGGUUGGCAGGAAUUUGCGAUUUGGUUGGACGAAACAUAGCGUUUAGAUUCGAUCUUAAACUGAGCAAUGUUGGUUGGAUCGCUUUUGUUGCACUAAGAAUGGUUACGAUGAUACCGUUGUUUAUAUUGGCUAAUGCCCAACCGCGUCACCAUUUACCAGUGUUGCUACCUCAUGAUUAUCAGUAUAUUAUCAUUGUGAUUGUAUCGAAUAUUUCUGGGGCCUAUAUCAUGAACCGAACGUACUACAACAUCAAAAAAUUGGUUACUCAGGAAGAACUGAAAGACGCGUAUCAUGUCAAUAUGGUUAUGGUAGGGCUGCAGAUGGGACUGUUUUCUUGUGUCAAUAUGGUUACUGUGAACCUUUUGUAAUUGAGCUGUUUUAAGCUUGUCUUUGAUCUUAAUCUGUUUACUUUUAAUAUUGUUAUACCGUAAAGUUUUGAUUAUUGAAUACGAUUCAAUUUUUUUGAGUUGUAUUAAAAGUUUAUUAAUUUAUCAAAUUUUUUCGGAGUUGUAAUAAAAAUUUAUUAGACUUA